UACUUGUAAGUAUAUUGUAGAUUUUAUAUAUACAGCUUUAAGAGCAAAUGAAUGGGCAUUGAAAUGCAAGAAUUAUUCUUGCACUAAUGCAGAGCAGAGAAGUAGUUUGGUUUAGUUUGAAGCAGUCAAAUGGGUUUUAGAAAAUUGUUGACAUUCUUCUUCUUCCUGUUGUUGUUGUUGAUAAUCCCAUCUUACUGUAAUGCUUCUGAGAAAGUUUCAGUAGCUCUCUACUAUGAAACUCUGUGUCCAUAUUGUGCAGAUUUCAUAGUCAACCAUCUGGUCAAGCUCUUCCAGAAUGGUCUCAUCUCCAUCAUCAACCUCAGGCUGGUCCCCUGGGGCAACGCUUGGCUCAACUCCGACGGCUCCUUCAGCUGCCAGCAUGGAUCAGAUGAAUGUUUGCUCAACACAAUUGACGCCUGCACCAUUUCCAUCUAUCCUGAUGUGAACCGGCAUUUUGCAUUCAUCCACUGCGUUGAGCGCCUUAGCUUGCAGGGCAGACACAGUGCAUGGGCCAAUUGUUUUGAAAUGUCUAGAUUAGGCACUACCCCUAUCGAUUGCUACAACAGUGGAAAUGGCAAUGUGAUUGAAGGAAAAUAUGGUAGGGAAACUGCUCAGCUUAAACCCCCACUUAGAUUUGUGCCAUGGGUUCUUGUGAACAAUCAACCACUUCAAGAGGAUUAUGAAAAUUUUAUGGCCUAUAUAUGCAAGGCUUACAAAGGCCAACCUCCGGAAGCUUGCAGAUCAGUCCGUUUUACAAUUGAAUCAACGGGGAAAGAAAAACCGGUUCCUCAAGUUUGUCGUGCAAGCGAAGGAAGAAACUCUUCUCAUUAUCAGAAGCACCAGCACAGAAAGGUUUAAGAUGAGGCAAAGCUUUCAUGGCUGCUGCUUCACUAAUAAUGUUGAUCUGAUAUAGUUGAAUGAAGCGAGUUUGUAACUUAAUAGUGCUCAGAUUGGCAAAUCCCAUGUCUCAGAAUUUAGUAUAUAUCCUACUCUGAUGUAAUUUGUAAACACCAGAGAAGGUUCAAUGCGCAGCGUUUUAUUGAUGCAACUGUUAUGUUAA